AUGGUUUUCAACCCGACGAGUCCCAUUCGUGCCUUUGGCCACAAACCUGUCAUUGUUUCUCGAACUGCCGCACCACCGAGCGAAGUUGCUCCUGCUGAGAAGAACUCGACCAUGUCGCCCGCAGAGAUCCCUCGUUCCCCGUCGCCUCUCACUGGCUGGCGAGGAGGAGUUUCACGCCUGAUGCGACAGUCCCAGGAGCGAAAUCCAGCUCAAGAGGUCAGUCGAUGGUCCAAGACCACUACGGAAUCAGAGGCAUCCGAAGCGUUGCAGGCGCCACCGCCUAAAAAGACGAAUGUUUUGAAGAAGAAGACCAAGCAGAACAGAAAUUCAAAGGACACUACACAUUCUAGCCCAGUCGACCCCUCCUACGAUCCUAUCACCAAAACACUGCGGCCUAUAGGGGACGCAGGGAUGCCUACACUUGCUGUGACGGGCCCAGAUGAACCUCGAUCCUUUUACGACUCUGGCUCCGACGAUUCCAGCGACGCUGAGCAUGUCAUCCAUCGAGCAAGCAGUGUACGAGUGGCCAGACCACACAUUGUCCAACACAGUAACGCCUCAGGCGGCUCGGUUCCAAAGUUAUAUUCUCCCCAGUCGGCGAAACCGAAGGAAGAGCAGGCAGUAGCGGAGGCUUCGGCCCCACGUAUCUCAGAGCUCAAGAAACUCCAAGAUAUGGCUGCAUCUGCGGAGCGACGACAGAAGAGGAGCGUUUCCGGUUCGCCAGCGGACGCCUUGAAAGCAUUGGAAGGUCACCACUCGGAUACGGGAACGACGGCUGCUUCCACACAAGCGUCGACAACUGCCGGCCCAUCAGAGCAGAACAACACCAUGAAGGGAACCAUUCUCGAGUUCCCCGACACGCCCGGCAAGCUUGAAGCCCUGGAUACUCUCCCAACCCCGAUGGGCGGAUUUGGAUCACUCCGCAUGCCUAGCACCAGCACCAGCAGCAAAACGGACACUACACACUCGAGCAGGACCUAUGUAUCGCCAGGAUCCAUCGAUGGGCUUCGCUCAAACCCCGUUACCGAGACAGACAAAAGCCUGUCUCGGGCGAUUUCUGCUCCUGUCCGCAAUCCCGCACGUCGCGUGAUGAUCCGCCCUUCGGACCUGAUCAUCAACCGGACGAACAACGACCCCAAACUUUUCCGCGAAUCGAUCGUCAGCACCCCCUACCCAUCCCGAUACAGCAGUACCGGCGACAUCGACGCAGAAAAAGCGACAAACACACAAGACACCCGAACGCCACGGUCGUUGCGCCGCGCUAGACCUUUGUCGCACCACAAAGAGAAGGACGAGGAAAAGGAGAAGGACCCCGAUGCACAGGAAAAGGACGAGAAGUCUCACAACCAGCCACCCGAAGUCCCAAUGUCCACGAAACCUCUGCACUCUGCGCCAGUGACGUCCCGUUCCGACCGAUUCCCAUCUCCAGUCGCGCCGGAAGUCUUGUUCCUCGACCUACGGCUGGCACGCCACCCUGCUGCCCGAGUCAGGGUCGAGAUCGAAGUCUCCGACAAAACGACAUUCGACGACGAAGCUCUCUUCACGCUCAUCCGUGAAGCGUACAACGGCAGACUUCUCGGGGUGGUCCGCAGGUUCUUCAGCACGCGGACGCUUUCAUAUGCCAGCGUUGCCAACAGCAGCGCAGUUGUCAUCCCGACAAUCACCAAUAGCCACAAUACUGCAUCCGGACUGCGAGGGCUUGGGUUGGGAUACUGGCACGGUCUCCCACCGCCUGCGCCUGCGUUGGAAGGAGGUAUAGCGGAGAUUGAUGGCGGCGAUUUCGUCAAGCAUCUUCUCCGCCCGCGUCACGGACGGCGCAGGAAGAUGUGGCUUCUGUGGUUACGCAAUAACCAGGACUCCUCCGACUCGCCGGCUGCCCGACGGUCUGGUGUGGUUUCAUCCUCGUCAACAUACAGUCCUCAGGCGCCUGAAAGCCCGGUGUUUUCGUUCGUGCAUUCGCGCCAGGGCAGCAGUAGCGGUGCAGGCACAGGCGUGGCGGGAGCAGGAGUCGGAGUCGGAGUCGUUGGUGUUGGAAACGGAAAUGGCAAUGGAAUCACCCACAACCACGACCACGACCACGACCACGACUUACCAUCUUCAUUCUCAACCUCUUCACCCAACAAUCCCGCCAUGCCAACCACCAACCUAUCAACCAAACCCAGCAUCAGCAUCCCCCGCAUGCCAUUCCAGCAACCCUUCCCCAUCGAUACAUACCGCUCGAAAUCCCUACUCGCCACGACUCGCUCUCGUUCACGCCACUACCACCACCUCCAGUAUAAGCAACAUCACCUCCACUCCGGCCCACCGACGUUGUAUCUCCACCACACCUUCUCCCUGCGCAAGAUUGUGGCCAUGCUAUGUCUGAGUUUCUUGUUGGCGAUGUUCACGACCACCAUGUGGAUCCUGUUCGGGGUGCCCGGUCGAGGCGCCGAUCAGGGGAACGGCACGACCGAGGUCCAGGGGAAAGAAUAUCCGCUGAGUUGGCGGAGGGAUGCACAGGGUCGGGUUGGCGUCGGGUUGGUUUUGGGGAUUGUGGUGCUGGGAAUCGAGUUGGUUGGGGAACUGGUUUGGGUCUGGGCGAGUUGGAUUCUUGUUUGA